ACAUCAUUUUAUCACAAACCCAAACCAACAAGAUUACAAGAAUAUGUACAUCGAUACAUCCAUCCAUUUGCAAGCUACAAAUGAAACCACAAGACUUGCAAAGUAAGCACAAGGAAGCAAACAAGUAAGCUAGGAAGCCAACAGGUCCUCCAUGGCCGGCAGCAAGGCCACCUACCCGCUCCUCCUCCUACUGGCCACCGUCGCCGUGGUCGCCGCGGAGUCGUCGGUGGGCGGCAACGGCACGUCGUCGCCGACAGCGUACGAGAUGCUGGAGCGGUACGACUUACCGCGGGGCAUCCUGCCGGAGGGCGUGGAGGGGUACGUGCUCCGCCCGGACGGCACCUUCGAGGUGUACUUCCCGCGUGCCUGCGAGUUUCUGCUGUCGCACAAGUGGCUGGUCCGCUACGACGCGCGCGUCUCCGGCUCCGCCGCGGCGGGCUCGCUGACGGCGCUGGAGGGGAUAUCGGUGAAGGUGCUGUUCCUGUGGCUCUCCGUCGGCGAGGUCGACCGCGCCGGGGACCGGCUCAGCUUCUACAUCGGCCCCGUCGCGACGUCGUUCCCGCUCGGCGACUUCGCCGAGAGCCCGCGCUGCCGCGGCUACGACCGCGCCGGCGUCGCGGCAGCGUCGUCGUGAUGACGAGCUUCUUGCUGGUGAUUGCUAGUAAUCAGUAGGUGUGUUUCUUUGAUGCUUUAGCUGGCUAUACAUGUGCAUCGAGUACAAGCUGGUGAUUAGAUAUUGCUGUUACGGGAAAUUUGAGUAAAUUAUUUGGUAAUCUCCU